CGGAGUGUUGGGGACAAAAUUCAACUGUCAGCCGAGACGCCGCGGUUUUCAACUGGACUUUUUUGGCCGCUUAUCAUGGAGUUACCCGGUGAAAGCCGACCGGACGCUGCUGUCUCCCCCUGACCGAGCCGCCGCUGCUUUCGCUUCUCACCCGCCGAGGUCUCCAUCCGCAGGAGGCGUACCUGAAAGCAGAGAAAAAUGUCGGACAAGAUGUCUAGCUUCCUCCACAUAGGGGACAUCUGUUCCCUGUAUGCGGAAGGAUCCACCAAUGGCUUUAUCAGCACUUUGGGCCUGGUGGACGAUCGCUGUGUUGUGCAGCCAGAUACCGGCGACCUCAAUAAUCCUCCUAAGAAGUUUCGAGACUGUCUGUUCAAGCUGUGUCCUAUGAAUAGGUACUCAGCACAGAAACAGUUCUGGAAGGCAGCGAAACCCGGUGGCAACAGCACUACAGAUACAGUGCUCCUCAACAAACUGCAUCAUGCAGCUGAUCUGGAGAAGAAACAGAACGAAUCAGAGAAUAGGAAACUGCUAGGAACGGUCAUUCAGUAUGGGAACGUCAUUCAGUUGCUACAUUUGAAAAGCAACAAGUACCUGACGGUGAAUAAGCGCCUGCCUGCCUUGUUGGAGAAGAAUGCCAUGCGAGUCACUCUGGACUCGGCCGGAAAUGAGGGCUCCUGGUUCUACAUCCAGCCCUUCUACAAACUCCGGUCCAUAGGAGACAGUGUGGUGAUUGGAGACAAAGUUGUGUUGAACCCUGUAAAUGCUGGGCAGCCUCUCCACGCCAGCACCCAUCAACUGGUGGACAAUCCAGGGUGCAAUGAGGUGAAUUCCGUGAACUGCAACACUAGCUGGAAAAUAGUCUUGUUCAUGAAAUGGAGUGACAACAAGGAAGCUAUUCUAAAAGGGGGUGAUGUUGUGCGACUUUUCCAUGCCGAACAGGAGAAGUUCCUGACAUGUGAUGAUUACCGGAAGAAGCAGUAUGUCUUCCUCCGGACUACAGGGCGCCAGUCUGCCACGUCCGCAACAAGCAGCAAAGCACUGUGGGAAGUAGAGGUAGUUCAGCACGACCCAUGCCGCGGUGGCGCCGGCUACUGGAACAGCCUGUUCAGGUUUAAGCACCUGGCCACAGGGCACUACCUGGCUGCAGAGGUGAGUGAGGUGUGUUCUGCUUCCGGACGCUCUCUCGACUGGUUCCAGGUCAGCUCUAACUGCUCACGCUGGGUGAAUCCAGACUAUGAGGAAGAGUCUCAUGAAUCUCGUUCUUCAGUGGGAGAUUUUAUUCCCUUUAACUUCCAGCUGGACUCCGAGCAUGAGGCUCUGCGAGCACGUCUGCGCACACCCAACGAGAAGGUCAUGUACACCCUCGUCUCCGUCCCCGAUGGCAACGACAUCUCCUCCAUCUUUGAGCUGGAUCCUACCACUCUCAGAGGGGGGGAUUCCCUCGUACCCAGGAGCUCAUAUGUGCGGUUGCGGCACUUGUGCACAAACACGUGGGUCCACAGUACCAAUAACCCCAUUGAUAAGGAAGAAGAGAAACCAGUCAUGCUUCGGAUUGGCACAUCUGCCAUCAAAGAGGACAAGGAGGCCUUUGCUAUUGUGCCAGUUCCUCCUGCUGAGGUCAGGGACUUGGACUUUGCCAAUGAUGCAAGCAAAGUGCUGGCAUCCAUUGCUGGCAAACUGGAGAAGGGUACCAUCACACAGAAUGAAAGAAGGUUUGUGACUAAGCUGUUGGAGGAUUUGGUUUUCUUUGUGGUGGACAUCCCAAACAGUGGCCAGGACGUGCUGGAAAUUAUGGUCAACAAACCAAACCGUGAGCGGCAAAAGCUUAUGCGGGAGCAGAAUAUCCUCAAGCAGAUCUUCAAGCUACUGCAGGCUCCAUUCACAGACAGCGGAGAUGGACCCAUGCUCCGACUAGAGGAGCUUGGUGACCAGAGACAUGCCCCGUUUAGACACAUUUGUCGACUAUGUUACAGGGUACUGCGCCACUCUCAACAGGACUACAGGAAAAACCAGGAGUACAUCGCCAAGCAGUUCCGCUUCAUGCAGAAGCAGAUUGGUUAUGACGUCCUAGCUGAGGACACCAUAACAGCCCUCCUGCACAACAACCGUAAGCUGCUUGAAAAGCACAUCACUGCUGCUGAGAUCGACACCUUUGUCAGCCUUGUGAGGAAGAACCGUGAGCCCAGGUUUUUGGAUUACCUCUCUGACCUGUGUGUGUCCAUGAAUAAGUCCAUUCCUGUUACGCAGGAGCUGAUUUGUAAUGCGGUGCUGGACCCAACUAACGCUGACAUCCUCAUAGAGACCAAGCUCGUCUUAUCUCGCUUUGAGAUUGAGGCAGUAAAUGUCGGAGAGCCUCCAGUGGAGUCGGAGGAGGAUGAAGAGGAGGUGUGGUUAUUUUGGAAGGACAGUGGAAAGGAGGUCCGCAGCAAAAGCAUCAGGGAGCUAGCUCAGGAUGCUAAGGAGGGUCAGAAAGAAGACCAGGAAGUUGUCAGUUACUACAGGUACCAGCUGAACCUGUUUGCACGCAUGUGCCUCGACCGCCAGUAUCUGGCCAUUAACAAAAUCUCAGGCCAACUGGAUGUUGAUCUGAUUCUGCGUUGCAUGUCAGAUGAGGACCUGCCCUAUGACCUCCGUGCUUCCUUCUGCCGCCUCAUGCUGCAUAUGCAUGUGGACCGUGACCCCCAGGAGCAGGUCACACCCGUCAAAUAUGCUCGUCUAUGGUCCGAGAUCCCUUCCAAGAUUGCCAUUGAUGACUAUGAUAACGAUGGCACCACCAGGGAUGAAAUUAAGGAGCGAUUCGCUCUCACCAUGGACUUUGUGGAGAAUUACUUGAGAGAUGUUGUCUGUCAGAACGUCCCCUUCUCUGACAAGGAGAAGAAUAAACUAACAUUUGAGGUAGUGAACUUGGCACGGAACCUCAUUUAUUUUGGCUUCUACAGUUUUAGUGACCUGCUGAGGCUGACUAAGAUCCUGCUUGCUAUUCUGGACUGUGUGCAUGUCAGCACAAUAUAUCCCAUUAACAAAAUGGAGAAAGGCGAUGAGAACAAAGGUAGUAAUGUUAUGAGAUCCAUCCAUGGUGUUGGGGAGCUUAUGACCCAGGUGGUGCUGAGAGGUGGUGGCUUCCUGCCCACCACCCCUACAGCGCCCCCUGAUGGUGAGGUGGGAAAGACUCAGACAGAGCCUGAGAAGGAGGACAUCUUGGUGAUGGACACCAAGCUGAAGAUCAUAGAGAUCUUACAGUUUAUCCUGAACGUUCGUCUGGACUACAGGAUCUCCUGCCUGCUCUGCAUCUUUAAAAGGGAGUUUGAUGAAAGCAACACUCAGACUGACAGUCUGCCUAAUGCUAAUGCUAAUGCUAAUCCUAACGCUACACCUACUGCAAAUGGAGAUGGGCUUAAUAGCAUACCAGCACUUGAUUUUGAGAACAUCGAAGAGCAGGCUGAGGGGAUCUUUGGUGCAAGUGAGGAGAACACACCCCUGGAUCUGGAUGACCACGGCGGCAGGACGUUUCUAAGGGUUCUUCUGCACCUUACAAUGCAUGAUUACCCUCCGUUGGUGUCUGGGGCUCUUCAUCUACUCUUUAGACAUUUUAGCCAGAGACAAGAGGUGCUCAUGGCCUUCAAACAGGUCCAACUCCUGGUGACAAGUCAGGAUGUCGAUAACUACAAGCAGAUUAAGUCUGACCUGGACCAGUUGCGCUCCAUUGUAGAGAAGUCUGAAUUGUGGGUCUACAAGCGGCAGGGUGAUGAUGCUCUUGAUGGAGGCGAUGGUCCAGCAGACUCUGACCACAAAAAGAAGGGUGAUGCGAGUGGCACAGAUAAGAAGAAACCAGAGAGCACGAGCAGCUAUAAUUACAGGGUUGUCAAGGAGAUCCUGUUGAGGCUCAGUAAGUUAUGUGUACAGGAGGGCUCAUCAGGGAAGAAGAGUAAAAAACAACAGCAGAGGCUACUGAGAAACAUGGGUGCUCACUCAGUGGUACUUGAGCUGCUACAGAUCCCCUAUGAGAAGGGCGAGGAUGUCAGAAUGCAGGAGAUUAUGAAGCUGGCGCAUGAGUUUCUCCAAAACUUCUGUGCUGGCAACCAGCAGAACCAGGCACUACUUCACAAGCACAUUAAUCUCUUCUUAAACCCAGGGAUCUUGGAGGCCGUUACCAUGCAGCACAUCUUCAUGAACAACUUCCAGUUAUGCAGUGAGAUUAAUGAACGUGUGGUACAGCACUUUGUUCACUGCAUCGAGACACAUGGCCGGCACGUACAGUACCUUAAGUUUCUGCAGACUAUCGUCAAGGCCGAGAACAAGUUCAUCAAGAAGUGUCAGGACAUUGUGAUGGCUGAGCUGGUAAAUGCUGGCGAGGACGUGCUGGUGUUCUACAACGACCGAGCCUCGUUCCAAACUCUGGUGCAAAUGAUGCGUUCAGAACGGGAUCGGAUGGAUGAGAACAGCCCACUCAUGUACCACAUCCACCUGGUGGAACUGCUUGCCGUAUGCACAGAGGGCAAGAACGUCUAUACAGAGAUAAAGUGCAACUCGCUGCUGCCCCUAGAUGACAUAGUUCGUGUGGUCACCCAUGAGGAUUGCAUCCCUGAGGUGAAGACUGCCUACAUUGACUUUUUGAACCACUGUUAUGUGGACACAGAAGUGGAGAUGAAGGAGAUCUAUACGAGCAACCACAUGUGGAAACUCUUCGAAAACUUUCUGGUUGACAUAUGCAGGGUCUGCAACAACACGAGCGACCGCAAGCAUGCUGACUCCACGCUGGAGCGCUAUGUCACUGAGACCGUCAUGAGCAUUGUCACCACUUUCUUCAGCUCACCCUUUUCCGAUCAGAGCACUAGUUUACAGGUGGCACGUCAUAUGUAUACCCGUCAGCCAGUCUUUGUGCAGCUGUUGCAGGGUGUUUUCCGGGUGUACCACUGUAGCUGGCUCAUGCCUACCCAGAAAGCAACAGUGGAGAGCUGCAUCAAAGUCCUCUCUGACGUGGCCAAAAGCCGGGCAAUUGCCAUCCCGGUAGAUCUGGACAGUCAGGUCAACAAUCUGUUUGUGAAGUCCAACAAUGUGGUUCAGAAGACCAUACUGAACUGGAGGAUGUCUGCACGAAAUGCUUCCAGACGAGACUCCACACUCACCACGUCCAAAGACUGCAGGAAUAUCAUAGAGAGGUUGCAGGACAUUGUCUCUGCACUGGAGGACCGCUUGCGGCCACUUGUGCAGGCAGAGCUCUCUGUGCUUGUGGACGUUCUGCACAGACCCGAACUGCUCUUUCCUGAGAACACGGAUGCACGCAGGAAGUGUGAGAGCGGAGGCUUCAUCUCCAAGCUAAUAAAGCACACUAAACAGCUGUUGGAGGAGAAUGAGGAGCGUCUAUGCAUUAAAGUACUGCAGACUCUACGAGAGAUGAUGACGAAAGACCGGGGCUAUGGUGAAAAGCUGAUUGCCUUUGACGAUGAGCUGGAUGUGGCUGAGCUGGUCCCUCCUCCUCCUGAGCCAGAGGGCCUUGCUGAGGAUCUUGAUCCCAACCAGCCCCAGAAGCAACUGGAGGAUCAGAAGCGGGGUGAGGCUUUGAGGCAGAUCCUACUCAACCGUUACUAUGGCAACUUCAAGCCCGGGGGGCGAAGAGACAGCCUGACCAGCUUUAGCAAUGGACCCCUGGGUCCCGGGGGACAGAGCAAACCUCCCGCAGCAGCAGCUGGAGGUUCAGGGGCCACCCGUGGGGAGAUGAGUUUGGCUGAAGUGCAGUGCCACCUGGAUAGAGAAGGUGCAUCUGACCUCGUCAUUGACCUUAUCAUGAAUGCCACCAGCGACCGCAUCUUCCAGGAGAGCAUCUUGCUGGCCAUUGCUUUGCUUGAGGGAGGAAACACAGUCAUACAGAGAUCAUUCUUUAUCCGACUGACGCGAGACAAUAAGUCAGAGAAGUUCUUUAAGGUCUUCUAUGAGCGGAUGAAGUUGGCGCAGCAAGAGAUCAAAGCCACCAUGACGGUCAACACUAGCGACUUGGGCAGCAAACGCAAAGAUGAAGACACCAAUGAUAAAGAAGCACCAACUAAAAAGAAAGUGAAGGAUGUCGCUGUGGUCACUGAUGAGGUGCGCGAGCAGCUUCUGGAAGCUUCAACAGCUACAAAGAAGGCUUUCGCGGCUUAUCGACGGGAGGUGGACUCGGACGAGCACCUGAGUGCUAGUGAGUCACCGGCGACCUCAGGCGAGAAGAACCAGGACGAGAACGAGAUGAGUGUCACCAUCACCAUCAUGCAGCCUAUCCUCCGCCUCAUGCAGCUGCUCUGUGAAAACCACAACCGCGAACUACAGAACUUCCUGCGCUGUCAGAACAACAAGAACAAUUAUAACCUGGUGUGUGAGACACUGCAGUUCCUGGACUGCAUCUGUGGCAGCACGACAGGAGGCCUGGGACUGCUGGGACUUUACAUUAACGAAAAGAAUGUGGCUCUUAUCAACCAGACUGUUGAGAGCCUUACUGAGUAUUGCCAAGGCCCCUGCCAUGAGAACCAGAACUGCAUUGCUACCCAUGAGUGUAAUGGCAUUGACAUCAUCAUUGCCCUGAUUCUGAAUGAUAUCAAUCCUCUGGGCAAGAAGAGAAUGGACCUCGUUCUGGAGCUGAAGAAUAAUGCCUCCAAGCUGCUCCUGGCCAUCAUGGAGAGUCGCCAUGACAGUGAGAAUGCAGAACGGAUCUUGUACAAUAUGAGGCCUAAAGAACUGGUGGAGGUGAUAAAGAAGGCUUACAUGCAGGGAGAGGUCGAAGUGGAACAUUCUGAGGAAGAUGGGGAGGGUGAAGAGGAGCAUGCUGCUUCGCCUCGAAAUGUCGGCCACAACAUUUACAUUUUGGCCCAUCAGCUGGCCAGACAUAACAAGGAGCUUCAGGCCAUGCUGAAGGCGGGAGGCACCUACGGCGAGGGCGACGAAGCUCUGGAGUUCUAUGCCAAACACACUGCUCAAAUCGAGAUUGUACGUCUGGACCGGACCAUGGAGCAGAUCGUCUUCCCUGUGCCCAACAUCUGCGAGUUCCUCACACUGGAGUCAAAGCUGCGUGUGUAUUACACCACAGAACGGGACGAACAGGGCAGCAAGAUCAACGACUUCUUUGUGCGUUGCGAAGACCUCUUCAAUGAGAUGAACUGGCAGAAGAAACUGCGAGGUACUCAACCGGCCACUGGUAACGCAAACUCCGUGCCCUCUCAGCCCAUUCUGUACUGGUGUUCAAGAAACAUGUCCUUCUGGAGCAGCAUCUCCUUCAACCUGGCUGUGCUCAUGAACCUGCUGGUGGCCUUCUUUUACCCGCUGGAGGGCGUCCGUGGAGGCACACUGGAACCCCACCUGUCAGCAUUGUUAUGGGCAGCCAUGCUGGUGUCACUGGCAAUAGUGAUCGUGCUGCCGCAGCCUCAUGGAAUCCGAGCCCUCAUCGCUUCCACCAUCCUUAGACUCAUCUUCUCCGUCGGCCUCGAACCCACACUCUUCCUGCUUGGGGCAUUUAAUGUGUGCAAUAAGGUGAUCUUCCUGAUGAGUUUUGUGGGGAAUCGAGGAACGUUCACGCGAGGCUACAAGGCGAUGAUCUUGGAUGUGGAGUUUCUGUAUCAUCUGCUCUACCUCAUCAUCUGCAUCCUAGGAGUCUUCGUACAUGUUUUCUUCUACAGUCUACUGCUCUUUGAUCUGAUCUAUCGGGAGGAGACUCUGUUGAAUGUGAUAAAGAGCGUCACGAGAAACGGCCGCUCAAUCGUGCUGACGGCUGUGCUCGCCCUCAUCCUCGUCUAUCUGUUCUCCAUAGUCGGCUACAUCUUCUUCAAAGAUGACUUCAUCCUGGCUGUCGACCGAAUCCCCAACAAAACACUUGAGGAAUCCGCAACUAUGAUGAGUGAGUUCCUGUCAGGGGGCGUUUGCCGGAAAGAAGGUGGUGGGGAGAAUUGUUCAACAGAGACCACAACGGAUGUUGCGAUGGUGGUGGAGGACAAGGAGCGGACAUGUGACUCUCUUCUCAUGUGCAUUGUGACCGUACUCAGUCAUGGUCUCCGAAGUGGCGGUGGAGUCGGGGACGUGCUCCGAAAGCCAUCUAAAGAGGAGCCUCUCUUUGCAGCACGAGUAAUUUAUGACCUGCUGUUCUUCUUCAUGGUCAUCAUCAUUGUCCUCAACCUGAUUUUUGGUGUCAUCAUUGACACCUUUGCUGACCUGAGGAGUGAAAAGCAGAAGAAAGAAGAGGUACUCAAGACCACUUGCUUCAUCUGUGGCUUGGAGAGAGACAAAUUUGACAACAAGACUGUGACAUUCGAGGAGCACAUCAAGGUGGAGCACAAUAUGUGGCAUUACCUCUUCUUCAUCGUACUUAUUAAAGUGAAGGACUCUACCGAGUACACAGGACCAGAGAGCUAUGUUGCAGAGAUGAUCAGGGAGCACAACCUCGACUGGUUUCCACGGAUGCGGGCAAUGUCACUGGUGAGCAGUGAUGCAGAGGGCGAGCAAAAUGAGAUCAGGAAUCUGCAGGAGAAGCUGGAGUCCACCAUGAAACUGGUCUCCAACUUGUCCAGCCAGUUGACCGAACUAAAGGAACAGAUGACGGAGCAACGAAAACAGAAGCAGAGGAUCGGGCUCCUGGGACAUCCCCAGCACAUGAACGUGAACCCCCAGCAGCCUGCCUGAGUGCAUACAUGUGUGUGUGAGCUACAGCACUGGCCUUGAACCGCGCUGCACACUUACUCAUGGACCUGCACAGCUCUUGUCUGUCCACACAGAUUCCCCUUAACAUCCCAGUGUGUGUGUGCGAGAGGUGGGUGAGUGUGUGUGUGGGUGAUUGUGGGUGAGUGUGUUUAUGGCAUUCCAAUAGAAAAACUAGUUACCUGCCGGAAAAGAAAUAUGUUUAAUAAAGAGGUUUAGGUCACUGGGGAACUUCUUAUCACUCCUUUUCUCUCUUCCUCUGUAAAGUGGGGUGCCAAAUGUUUUCUACAUGGCAGUGAAUUUGGGUCAUAUGGCCUUUGCAGGGCGGGACUUGAAUAGACGGGCUGUACUGGAUGACGUGACUAGUUAGAUGCUGCUUGGAAACGUGCUGCAAAAGCAUCUUUUUUUGUAUUUACAAACCGGUAUAGCAAGCAGUAUUUUAUGUCUUAUUUUUGUAUUUUGUGCAAUAUUAAUACUUUAAUAUGCAACCUCAUUGAGCUGUACGAUGUGUCUUAAAGGGACGAUAAUCAUCUCCCAAGUCGAAGGGGUUUUCUUUCUCUUUCUUUCUCUCUUUGGCUUCAUGAUUAUUCAUGACUUAUUAGAAUGCUGUAGAGGCAUAAGUUCAUAUAGUUAGGUUAGCAAGAAUUCUAAUAGCUCGUCUCGUCAUGGGCCUUUUUUUUUUUCUUUUCUUAUCUUAUUUAUUUAUUUAUUUCCAAAAUAAAAUAUAAAUGAAGUUUAAAGGAUUGUCAUGGCACAACAGAUGUUUUAUGAUUUUUCUUUGUCGCAUUAUGUUCUGUGUACUUUGUUUUAUUUUUUUUUCCCUUUUCCUUUCGUUGUCUGUCGUUGAAAUAACUGGCUUAAGGGUAAUUUGCUUUACAAGGUGGUACAAGUAUAAGAUUAGCAUCUAAAUUAUAUAGACUGGUAAGCUUUGCUUUUAUGUCUUAAUUCUAAUGGACGUUACUGUGUAGAGUAUUUAAAUGGUAUGACUCAUUAUUCUGGUCAAGGUCAUUGGCGCCUGCUGUGAGGUGGGCUACUGUGAGGAACUACUCUGGGGGGAUGCACAAGCAUUUGAGCAGAAAGCCUCCCUCAUUACUGUCUUCAUAUUAUCCGAGCAGGGCGCGUUUGCAGAAGCUUCACAAUGUAAUUUCUAUACAAGAGAGAGUGAGUGCUCAAAACGAUACUUGCACUGCCAUAUCAUCACGAUUGCUGUUCGCUGAAGCUUAUCAGAAACCAAACCCAGGUCGACUCAACUCUGUUGUAUCUGUCUUGCUCUCUCUCGCUCUCUCUGUCUCUCUCUAUCUCUCUCUGUCUCUCUCUUUCUGUCUCUCUCUCUCUGAUCCCUGUUUUAAAAGAUGUAUAUAUGUCUGCCAACUCCUUGAGUUUGUAUAGAAAUAUACAUUUUCAUAGAGGCACAUUAGGAAUUAAUAGCAGUGUUACUGAAUACUUAAUUCUGCUUUAAGGAAUAUCUGAUCUGUUGAGAUUGUAAAUUAAUUUAGCAAUAUUUAAUAAAAUCUGUAAUUCACCUUCAA